AUGUCGACCGACGCCGAUCGUGCCACUGCUAAGAAGGCCGAGGUCGACAAGAAGGCCGCCGAGGAUGCCGCGGCUGCUGCCACCGUUACCGCCACCGCGUGGCCGAUUGGAGGCUCACUUGACAAUGACAAUGGUGGAGGUGCUAAUGUGCUAUCGUCUGAGCUGGUCGUCCCGGCCGGAAAAACGCCGGGGGGCAACAUCUGGCUGUCCAACCUCGACCUCGCCGGGAGGAGAGGCUACAGCCCCACGGUCUACUUCUUCCGCCACAACGGCGACCCGAGCUUCUUCGCGGCCGACGCCAUGAAGGACAGUCUCGCAAGGGCGCUGGUCGCGUUCUACCCGCUCGCCGGCCGCCUGGGUCUCGACGGCAGCGGCCGGAUUCAGGUGGACUGCACCGGCGAGGGCGUGGCGUUCCUGACGGCCCGCUCUGAGCACUACGCGCUCGAGGAGCUGAUGAACGAGUUCGUGCCGUGCGGCGAGAUGCGUGACCUGCUCGUGCCGCCGACGCCGGCGCCGAACCCGCCGUGCGCCCUGCUGUUCGUGCAAAUCACGCGCCUACGGUGCGGCGGUGUGGUGCUCGGCCAGGCGAUGCACCACUCGAUCGUCGACGCGCGCGGCGCCGCGCAUUUCUUCGAGACCUGGGCGAGCAUCUCCCGCGGCGGAGGCGCGCCGACCGUGCCGCCAUGCUUCGACCACACGCUGGUCGCCGCGCGCCCGGCGCAGUCGCGCGCAGUGCUGUACGACCACCCAGAGUACAAGCCAGAGCCGGAGCCGGUGGAUCCCGUGUCGGCCGCCACGUACGCGAGCGCCAUCAUCACGAUGACCAAGGGACAGGUGGGCGCGCUCAAGGCGCGGUGCCUCGGCUCCUCCGCGUUCCGCGCCGUGGUGGCCCUGGUGUGGCAGUGCGUGUGCCGCGCCCGCGCGCUUCCGCCGGCGGCCGAGACGUGGCUCUACUCCAUGGUGGACAUGCGCGCGCGCCUGGACCCGCCGCUCCCGGCGGGGUACUUCGGCAACGCCGUGAUCCGCACGUCGGUGUCGGCCACGGUGGAGGAGGUGGUGUCGAGCCCGCUGGUCCACGCCGCGAGGCUGGUGCGUGCGGCGACGAGCCAGAGCGACGACCACGCGAGGUCGUUGGUGGACUACCUGGAAGGGGUGGACACGAUGAACCUGCCCCGCACGGGCAUCUCACGCGCGCACCUCCGCGCCAUCAGCUGGCUGGGCAUGUCGCUCUUGGACGCCGACUUCGGAUGGGGCGCGCCGGCGUUCAUGGGACCGGCGCUCAUGUACUACAGCGGCUUCGUGUACGUGAUGAACGCGCCGGGCAAGGACGGCGCCCUUGCGCUCGUGCUGUCGCUGGAGCCCGAGAGCAUGCCUGCGUUCAGCAAGGUGUUCGCAGAUGAGCUGGCCCGCCUCGACGCCGGUGCAGAAAAACCCAGUAGAGGCCUUUCAAAAAUGUAGUUACCGGCGCCGAGGAGACAGGCUAGCAGUACGACGCGUGUGAUAAGCUCGUACUACCGGCGUCAAGCCAAAACGUCACUCGUAGUUGUAUCAUCGGUGGCGCUGGUGGCCAACGCCGCCGGCAUAUACAAAUAAUCAGUAGCGCAUCAAGUUAGUAGACGUCGGUAAUACAAGUCACAUUUGAUGCGGACUCGCUUUGACCUACGGGUCCUCAAUAUUAGUAAAU